GGGUCGAGUACACUCAAAUAAAUUCAAGCUUGAUUUGCCAUUGAACUAGAUCUUGGCAGUACAUAUCAACCAAAUGAUCUCUCUAUUUUUUACAUCUGUUGCAGCCCAUGCCCAUGCGUAGAAAACUAUGAGAUUAUACAAAAAUGACGUACGAUACACAAUAUACUAUAAGAAAAAUUAAUAUACAUUUAUUUGGACAUUAUUCAAGGAGAUCGUGAUACAUAUGCGAAAAUAAUUCAUAAAAAACAAAAAAAGAAAAAUCUCCACACAUAUCUCAAAUUUUGAUAGGCAAGAGAAUAAGAAUUCUUACUUCCAAAGAAAGAGAUAAGUAUUUUCCCAUUUAUUUUUGCAGCAGCUUUCCCUUGGAUUGAGUGUUUGACCUACGCUGGAAGUUUCAGACCAAAAAAAACAACCUACGCUGGAAGUUACGGGGCUCCUAUAUAUUUUUGUAAUUAUACAAAGUGUUCCAUUCCACCUUAUAUAAAUAGUGACGUGCAAACCACAAAACACACCAAAUGAAUCCCACAGGAUCCUACUUACACAAUUAAGCAUUACAUACAAGUCACAGAUUUCUUCCUUCACCCUCAAAAUCUGUUUUCUAUUCUGCUUUCAUUUCCAUCUCCCUCUCUCUCUCUCUCUCUCUCUCUCUCUCUCUCUCUCUCUCUCUCAAAUUAUUAAUCUUCUUAUUCGAGUUUAUAAAUCCUCUCUCUGGAUAUCUAGGCUAGUCAAGACAAGCAUUCUUUCAGUACAUAAUCAAAUAUUCUCCAAAAUGGAUCUGAAUCUGAUGGCCAUCUUCCAUUUUUCUUCUUUGUACAUCACCCUCAUUUUGUUUACAAUUUGCAAAGGCAUAGCGGGAGCUACAUUUACAAUCAUAAACAAGUGCGACUACACUGUAUGGCCCGGAAUUCUAUCCAAUGCCGGCAGUAGCAGAUUAGACAGCACCGGCCUCCAACUCCAACACGGCGCCUCCCGUUCAUUUCAAUCCCCACCCAACUGGUCAGGCCGAUUCUGGGCUCGAACCGGUUGUAACUUCGACCCCACCACCGGUCAGGGCACCUGCACCACCGGAGACUGCGGCUCCAACCAAGUCGAGUGCAAUGGCGCCGGCGCUAACCCACCAGCCACUCUCGCCGAGUUCACGAUCGGCGGCUCCGACAACCAGGAUUUCUACGACGUCAGCUUAGUGGACGGCUACAACUUACCCAUGAUGGUGGAGCCGAGCGGCGGGUCGGGUAGUUGUUUGUCGACUGGGUGCGCAACGGACUUGAACCAGCGGUGCCCGGCUGAGUUACGGGUCGGGGACGGCGCGGCGUGUAAGAGUGCGUGUGAGGCUUUUGGGAGCCCGGAGUAUUGUUGCAACGGCGCGUUUGGUACCCCCGACACUUGUAAGCCGUCGGUUUAUUCGGAGAUGUUUAAAGCCGCGUGUCCUAGAUCGUAUAGCUACGCGUAUGACGAUGCCAGCAGUACAUUUACUUGUACUGGAGCUGAUUACACCAUAACAUUCUGCCCUUCCACAACAAGUCAAAAAUCUGCAAGUACGUCUACAACAACAAGUAAUGGGUCGGGGCAGACAACAACCACAACAAAUAACGGGUCUGGAGGUGGGAGUGGGACGACAGGGGAGGUCCCUGCGGUGGUGGGAAACAGUAACAGUCCUCCUCCAUGGUUUCCGAACUUUUUCACUGGAGACUCAACGAAGACCCUUUCUUCUUCUGCUCUUUACACUUCAUUGGUUGCCACUUUAUUUCUCUUUCUUUCUCUAUCGUUGCUUCAUUCUUAGUCUCAUAUCCUAUGUAAUAUAUAUACACGCACGUGCGGGCCUCGGAGGCUAAUGAGGAAGUCAAGAGGUUGUAUAGUAUAGAGAGAGACGACGAUAUAGAUUAGAUAUAGUUUUAGCAUAGAGUAGUAUAUAAAGAUACAGUUUUUGUUAAUAUUUUUUCUUCCCUCGGCUAGUUUUUGAACGAUAGCAAGUGGUAAGUUAGUGUACGAAUGAAGUAUAUAAGAAAGAGCAUUUUGAGAUUGAGGCAUUGCCAUUAUUCCAAUUCAUUCGUCAACUUGAUUGCAAUGUCAGUAAAAAACAAAGAACUUGAUUGCAAUGUCAGUUAAAAACAAAGUGUUUGCUUAUCUUUGAAUCCAUCUAGGUAAUUUGGUUGGUGAAAUGUUGGGCACCAGCUGCUAAACAGAAAAAACUUCGCUGGAACUACAAGCUUUGCUAGUUCUCGUCUCUUUGAAGUUUUUGACCCUGCGAAUCGCAAUGAGUGUAAUUAUGGUCCAUCAUUUCAUUUGGUACUUUUGAAAAUCUAACCAGUUCCCUGCUAAACUUAGAUCGGAAGAAUUGUUUGUGGCCCAGAGCCAGUUCCUUAAAAACCCUAAACCAAGAUGGAGUUUUCUCUUCGGUCCUAUACCAGCCAAGAUAAACUUGUCUAAAAUCUGCAUUAUAAAUAAAACUCAAAGAUAUAUCACACUAGACAUUAGAGAGCGUGCGCCUGCGGCCUGCUUGUAUAUAACGCUGCAAUUACUCAACAAGGUGAGGAAAAGAAAUAGACAGAGACAAUUGAUUAAUUGAACAACAUUGUAUUUGCAAAGAAAGUACAUGGCAUAGUCUCUCUGAAACUCAUUAACUAGAUGCUGGAGACAAAAUUCUGGUUUAUACGAUUACAGUAAAUCUAUUACCUAAUGUCUUUAACUUAACCAAAUUAAAUCAAAAAGUGCAAAGCAGCGAUUUCCCGUUUCUCCAGAAACUGAACCGUGAAAGGCCAAAGCCCAUUGGACCUUAAAGUAUCACCCCACCCUAUCGGCUA